AUGGACUAAAUGUAGCCUCGAUGUAAAGGGAGACGAUGUCGUUCCCAACCAACCGAAGAUAGCCUCGGAAGAGAAAGAAUACCGGUCCGGUUCACUCUUCACCCUCGCCUGAGCGAGAGCGACCGGUCAUCGACGGACACGCAUCUUCGUCGUCUUCCUUCUUCUUCCUUCGCUUCCACUCCAAUCGUACUGCAUCAGCAAAACCACUCAAGACUCGCAAUCGCUCCAAUAGCUCUUCCCUUUCGCAAGCAGAAACCAAUCCCCACUCACGGUCAACACGCUCACCGGCAUUCGCCUCUUCGAAUCGCAUCUUCUGGGCUGCCGGUCCAUCGAUGGAGAACAUGCAGUACGCGGAGGAGCUCGUGCGGGAGUUCCUGGUCUUCCGAGGCUUCACCAACACCCUCCAGUCCUUCGAGAACGAGCUCGCCACCGACGUCGGUAGGGGGUUUCAGGUCGACAAGCUGCUCGACUUGAUCUUCUCCGUCUACGUCCCCAAAUUUCAGGCCGAGAAAUUGGUUGGCCUGUUCGGUUUCUUCAAGCAGUGCUUGUCUUCGUCUUCGACGGGGACGGUGCUCCUGGCUUCCCUCUCUAAGCUGGAGCUCUCUGUCAUGCGGUAUUACAUCGUCUACGCCGUGCGGUCUGGGAGGAGAGAUAAGGUUUUGGAGUUCUUCGGGACGAGCGGGAAUGAUUUGAUGCGCAAGGACCAGGAUUGGACUCCGUGGUUUGCUAUACCGUACGUAAAGAGUCCGAGCACGGAUCCUCAUUUUCGACUCUAUUUUUCAAAGGAGUGGUACGAGGCAUUGCGUGUUGCUGUGAGGAAUUUCUUUGAUGAAAUCUUCAAUGGCACUCGCAUUCCAGCCUUAUUGAGCAUCAGUUUGGAGAAGAAUACUAUCAGCCGUCUCAAAAAAGAAAUUAAGCAGCUAAACAGUAAGUUAGCGCAGCUUCAAGCUCUGCUGGAGGAAAAAGAAGGACAACUAUGCCGAUCGAGGAGUCAUGCUGCAUCAGCAACGGAUGCUAGCAUAGCUCAGAGUACUUCAUCAACUCUGUCAAGUGGCGUGCUUGAUGAAAUUAUUGUAUCGUCACGAGAUAAUCAAGACACCUAUAGUCAUGCUACUCCCAAUCCGGAUAAUAGACUGCUGGCCCAGGACUUGGUCGACGCUGCAAAAGCCAAAUUCGACUUAGAAUCUCUACCGACGCCAUCUGGUCAUGUUACAACCUCUCUAAAUUUAUGUAGCGAGAAUGGAGCUGGUGGUUCUAGUCUAAUGCUCCAAGAUGGGACCAUUGAAACUGGAAGAGCAGUUGAGGGAGAAGAAGAAUUCCCUGAGGUGAAAGUAGACUUUCAGGAAACAUUUUUGGGCCAUACAAGUCCAAUAACUCGGUGCCGCUUUUCUGCCUCUGGGAACAAUAUUGCGAGUGCAUCCAUGGAUGGCACAGUCAGGAUAUGGACGUAUGACUCAUCAACUUCAGCAUCAAGAAAUGCAACUAUUUACUGUGGGGCAGAGAUUAUGUCGCUUGACUGGGAGUGUAAAUCCGAUCGCUUGCUUCUCAUAGGAACUGCUUAUGGAGGAAUCAAGGCAUGGAAUGUUGACGCAAAAAGAGUUGUCUGUGAUCUCAAUACCACAGAGGCAUUUCCAAGUGUCUUGGAUUUGAAAUGCAGCCCAGUAGAACCAAUUUUUGUUUCUGCUGCAGCAUCCAGGCAUGUUUCUGGUUAUAUCGAUGACUCGGCUUUUGCUUCACUAACCGUAUGGAACAUGAAGACAUGGAAAGCAAUGACAGUCCUUCCUCUUGGUGAAGAUCCCCCUGCAAUUACUUCUUUGUGCUUUAACCACAAUGGGAAGAUUCUUGCUGCCUCUGCCACAGAUGGAAUGAUUCACAUGUUUGACAUGUCCGCCGGUCUACAAAUUACUGGGUGGCCUGCACAUGAUUGUGGUAUAAGGUCCAUUCUUUUUGGAGCUGAUGAGACGAGCAUAUUCAGUUUGGGUACAGAUGGAAAGGUGCUUGAGUGGAGCUUGCAGAAACAGGGUCAUGUUCUGUGGUCAAUCAAUUCAAAGAGCAGCUCCAGCCACUUAAGACAUGAAAUGGCUCUAGAUGCAAAUGGAAGGAGAUUGUUAGUAACUUCUGGUUCAGUAAGAGCACCCAUAUACCAGGUACGUAGCCGGGAAAGUGGUUUGAGAACUCUCCCGCACAGUGCAUCUGUGACAACGGUGGAUUGGCACCCAACCUUGCCCAUUUUCUUGACUGGAUCAGCUGAUAAUUCUGUGCGAGUGACAUCCAUAUUAUGAAGGCCCUAUUAUUUGAAAGCUAGUAGGUGCUUUACUCAUCCAUUUUCAAGGCGUUCAUUCUUGUGAUUGAUUGUAUGCUUUCAGUUGGAUAGAUGAUCGUCAGAAUAAUUUUGCUCCUUGAUUGGUUUAGCAAUUAGUAAUCCCCCAACUCAUUCUUCUGAUUCCAUUAUAGAGGUUGUCAUAAGCUCACGUGUAUCAUAUUAAAAUUUGUCCUCAGACCUAUAAUAAGUUUGUAAGAUGAGUUUUGAUAAGAUAGCUUCAUAUUGCUAUUA